CCCAAGGACGUAACAGCGCAUUUUUUGACUUUUUGAAAGUUCAUUUUCUCCACAGAGACAGGACCAGAAGCCCAAGGAUGAAGAGGACGAAGAUGAACUCACACCCUACAACAGACACUCUCUGGCUUCUGGACAUCCGACGACGAGCUGGUCUCCUCUCCAUCACAAAGAACAAAAUGCCACACAAAGCCGUGAUCACUGAAGCUCCAAAGGAGCACAAGUGUAAGAAUCAACAUUACACAGAUGUGCAUGGAUUGCCUUGCAUUGAGAAGAUUGUGCGCUCGGUUGAGGACCAUCCGGAACCUUUGCAAACAGUCAUCCGUGGAACCAUCCCUCACUGGAUCAAGGGCAGCUUCUUAAGGAAUGGCCCAGGAAAGUUUGAAAUCGGAAAACACCAGCUUAACCACUGGUUUGACGGCAUGGCGCUGCUGCACCAGUUUAAGAUUGAGGAUGGGCAGGUGACCUACAAGAGCAAGUUUCUGUCCAGUGACUGCUACAAAUCCAACACGGAGAACGACCGCAUCAUGGUGACCGAGUUCGGCACCGCAGCCGUGCCCGACCCCUGCAAGAACUUCUUCAAGCGCUUCCUCUCACGCUUCGAAAUGCCAAAGCCGACAGACAACGGCAAUGUGAGUUUCGUCCAGUACAAGGGUGAUUACUACGUCAGCACUGAGACCAACUUCAUGCACAAAGUCAACCCAGAGACCCUUGAGGCCUCUGAAAAGGUGGACUGGAGCAAGUUCAUUGCGGUGAAUGGAGCAACGGCUCACCCCCACACUGACCCCGACGGCACCACCUACAACAUGGGCAACUCUUACACCGCAAAAGGAGCAUUUUACAACAUUAUCUGUGUGCCUCCUGAGAAAGACACCCCAACAGACACACUAGAGGGCACCAAAGUCAUCUGCCGCAUCCCUUCAGUGGACAAACUCAGACCCUCCUACUACCACAGCUUUGCAAUGACGGAGAACUAUGUGGUGUUCAUUGAGCAGCCCAUUAAGAUGGACCUGCUGAAGAUCGUCACGGGGAAAAUGAGGAACAAGGGCAUCAGUGACGGCGUCUACUGGGACCCCACACUGGACACCAUCUUCCAUCUGAUCAACAAGAAAACCGGACAGCUGAGCAAGGUCCAGUACCACACAGCGGCGAUGUCCACCUUCCAUCAGAUCAACGCCUACGAGGAGAAUGGCUUCAUCGUCAUGGACAUGUGUUGCUCUGACGACGGACAGGCCAUCAACAACUACAUGGUGCAGAACCUGCGAAAGUCAGGAGAGGCCCUGGAUGAGGUCUACAACACCAUGUGCCGAGUGUUCCCCAGGAGAUUUGUGCUGCCUAUCAAUGUCAGCAGAGACACCCCUAGUGGAGAGAACCUGAACACCAGGCCGUUCAGCACAGCAAAAGCUAUGAAGACCUCCAACACCAGAGUUGACUGCACGUAUGAGGACCUCCAUGAUGAGGAGCUUCAUCAGUAUGGCGGCCUGGAGUUCCCUCAAAUCAACUACGCAAAGUACAACACCCACCCCUACCGCUACUACUACGGCUGCGGAUUCAGGCACCUGGUGGGAGACACACUCAUCAAAGUGGACCUGGAGACGAAAAAGAUGAAGGUGUGGGAAAAGCCUGGUUUCUACCCCUCUGAGCCUGUGUUUGUGCCAAGCCCUGAUGCAACAGAGGAGGAUGAUGGAGUCCUUCUGUCAGUGGUCAUAACUCCUAAUGAGGACAAAGGCACAUUCCUUCUGGCCCUGAAUGCCAAGACAUUUGAAGAGAUCGGCAGGGCUGAGGUUCCCAUCAACAUCCCCUAUGGCUUCCAUGGAACCUUCAACUCGACCGCCUAAAUAUCUCUCAAAAAACGAAAGCCAAAAGACAAUAUGCCAUAUACUACACUACUGCAAGUGAUCACAUUGGCAGCAAGCUGAGACAAGCUUACAAGAGAGAACCACCGAGGAUGGAGCAAGUCAUUUUGAAGAUGUAGGAAGCAAAUUAUGACUGGCUCAUUGGUCCAUUGCAUCACUUGUGAGAGUUCUUUUCACUGCUUGUCUGUAUGCUUUUCAGUGAAUUUUAUAGUAUGACAGAAUGGAUGUGUGAAUGUAUGGUUGAAUGAAUGGGAGUUCUUUUAGUGAAGUUAUUUUAGCAAAGUGCUGAAAGAAAACAUGUUUCAAGAGUAGGAUUAGAUGUUUUUAUUUGACAGCAUAGGCCUGUAUGAUUCAUUUCGUGAAAUGAACACGGACCAUUGUGACACAAAAUCUGUGGCAGUUUCAAGGAUUUGGCCAAAAUUCUGUGAUGGUUGUCACGGUAGUGCUUCCUCUAUAUUCCCACAUAUGUUCCCACAGUCGUAUAUGUUCCCACUUGUAUUCUCUCAGGAUUUUUUUUUUCUCAAAAAAUAUUUCUUACUGACGGGUUGUUUUGGUCUUGGCACAGCUUAAACUGCUAGAUUUUUUUUUUGUUUAGCACAAGAAAGUAAGCACAUUUCACAUCAGUAAGCACAUUUCUAAAAGACAAAGUUAGGGAUUCUUUUGGUCUAGGCACAGUUUAUACUAGCAUUUUUUCUGUUAAACACAAUAGUAGAAAAGGGAAAAAAACUUUACUGACAGGUUAAGAUUAGGGAUUGUUUUGGUGUGGGCACAGGUUAAGGUUAGGGGUUGUUUUGGUGUGGGCACAGCUUAAAUCAGUCUUUUGUUUAAUAUUGUAAAUUGGUCGAUUGACUGGAAAAGGUGGACUAUUUUACCACCGGUUGGUCAAUGCUUUUAAUGAUGGACUUAACAUAGUGCUGUGGGAACAUAUAGAAAACACUUCCGUGAGUCCAUCAUGGCACACCUCUGUGACACACCAACACGGAAUUUUGGCAUAAAACCGCCACAGAGUUCAUGUCCCAAGGAUCUAGAUUCAUUUCAUGGAAUUCUGUUAGAUCAGGUUGGCCUGUUGCUUUAGAGUGUUAAGUGUUUUAUUUCUUUUAUAAUAAUAUAUAUUUUAAUUUAAAUACUAUGUAUUUCUGUAUCAGAAGCGUGUUCCUUCUAUUUUUUACACAAAAAGAAUAAAAAAGAGGUUCACUCAUA